AUGUUUAAAUAUUUGUGGCUGUUAAUAGGACUACGGUCCCUAGUAAUGGGUGCACUUAAUCCGCCAGAACCGGAAGUUAUAGCACCAUUAGUGGUAGCUGCUCUAGAAAUUCUGGACGAACAGGUUAGCCCAUCGCAGAGCACGUUGUCAGUAAUGGAGCUGUCGGAAAAGGAUGAUCAAAUGGAUCAUCAUCAAGGGGAUCUAAUGACCAGGAUGAUCAAAGAGGUGGGCAUAUCGAUUGCAUUGAGAACAUUCCAGAAACCACCCAGUGAAGUUCCGGCUAACUAUGUUGUGUUUUUGGUUAACUCUGCUCAGGCCUUCAAUACGCUGAGUUUCAACUUUACGGAAAUGCAUACAACGCGGGAAUAUAACUUUCUGAUCCUGUUCACACGUCGGAUGUCCUCGCGAUCGGAAAGACUUCAGGUGCUCCGAGAUAUAUCCAGUACUUGUGUGGCCUUUCACACUUUAAAUGUUAUAUUGCUAACCCAAAAGAAGAACGGAAUGGUACUUGUUUACACAUAUCGUAUGUUUAAUAAGAACUGUGACCUAAGCAUUAAUCUGAAAUUGAUAGAUCGCUAUGAGAAUGGGUCGUUUUUGCAUGGUCACAAAGCUAGGUCAUUUGAUCGAGCUUUAAAUAGCCUUUCUGGUUGUCCACUCACAGUCAGUUGGUAUCCAUUGGCACCUUUUGUAUCGUUCAAGGGCAAUGCCAGUGAUCCGGAUGAAAGGACAGAAAUUUGGCGUUUAACUGGAAUCGACGGAGAGCUUAUCAAAAUGCUGGCGGAUAUCUUUCAUUUUCGAAUCCAACUUGAAGAACCAUGUGAUAAAUGUCUGUCGGCGGAUAUAAAUGAUAGUUGCAGUGGCUGUUUCGAUCAGGUGAUCUAUAAUAACUCAUCCAUAUUGAUUGGUGCUAUGAGUGGUUCACAUCAACAUCGAUCGCAUUUCUCCUUCACGUGCUCGUAUCAUCAGAGCUCAUUGGUUUUUAUCAUGCAUAUGAGUUCCCAGUUUGGAGCUGUGGCCCAGUUGGCGGUGCCAUUUUGUGCAACUGUAUGGAUGGCCCUGGUGGUUUCCGGUGUCUUUGUGGCUUUGUUUGUCUGGUUACGAACGAGAAUUGUAUAUGGAAUCUCGGAUUUAGCUAACCAUGGACUACAAGUACUUACCACUCUAAUGGGAAAUCCUUUGGAGGCAUGGAACAUUCCCAGAAAUAGCUGGAUUCGUAUAUAUUAUGCAGGCUGGUUACUUAUGGUCUUGGUACUGCGAGUUGUUUACCAGGGAAAGCUAUUUGAUUCUUUUCGAUUACCCUAUAAUAAACCAGUGCCCAGAGAUAUAUCGGAAUUAAUAAACGCUAAUUAUACAUUGCUUACCCAAGAAUAUUUGGACUUUUAUCCACGCGACUUGACUGUUCUGACUAGGAAUGGAUCCAAGGAUCGUUUUGAUUAUAUUCAAGGAUCAGGUGAGGAGGCCAAACUUACAACCACUUCGCUGAUUGCCACCAUGACGUACUACAAUCAAAUGCACUGGAGCACAAGUCGAUUGACCCACAUCAAGGAGCAUAUCUUUCUCUAUCAAAUGGUCAUCUAUUUGCGUCGCCAUUCAUUGUUGAAAAUAGCAUUUGAUCGAAAGAUUAAACAGCUUCUAUCGGCGGGAAUUAUUGGUUAUUUGGUGCGGGAAUUCGAUACCAGUCAGUAUGCAACACCCUACGAGGAAUACUAUGAGGUCUCACCGAUUCCUUUGGAUGCCUUCUGCGGUCUUUACUAUGUUUCUGCGAUUUUGCUCUCCGCCGCUGUAGUUGCUUUUAUUCUAGAGCUGCUUAGUCAAAGGAUUUAUUGGUUAAGGAGAUUUUUCGAGUAG